ACUCACGAGUGUAAACGACCGCGCGCGACUUCGCCGGCUCUCGGCCAUCUGGGUUCAGGGACGAAAACCUGCGGCCGGGAACGAGGGGAAUUCUCAAAGCGUCGUCCCCGACACUUGUUGUCGUCGUCGUCUCGGUCUCCGACUCAAGAGAGAGAGAGAGUUUAGAUCAACCGCGAAUGGUAAAGAAUUUAUUAUUCAUCCGCGAUACUUUACUCCUCGAAAUGAUUCAUUUCGUACCAACGACGCGACGCUACGCGACGAGAGACAAACAUCCAGCAAUGAGCAACGUUGUAACAUCGGAGGUCGAUGACUCUGUGACAAAGGAUAAAUCUACACCAGGUGCUGUAGAGUUUGCUCACGACGAGCUUGUCAAACUGACCAAAGAUGCGAUAAACAAGAUAAUUGAGAGCGAUCCUCUAUUUUCGGGAAUUCCAGCCGAUGCUACAGUUGAGGAAAUCAAGUCACAGUCGGCAGUUGCUCAAGGUCAAGCGAUUACGCUUUACUUGAACCGUGGAGAAUUGCCGAUGCUUUCUGUUGUGGUGCCGCCUCACAACACGACGGUUCUUGAUUUGAAAAAGGCGAUAAAACGUCACACGCUUUUGGCCCUGAAGAGAGAGAAGGUAACAAAGAAGAUAAGCUGGAAACAUGUUUGGAAAAAGUACAACGUAUGCUUUGGUAGUACACAGCUGGUAAACGAUAAUGAAAACAUAAAGAACUACGGCCUGACUAACAAAGCGGAGCUACAUUACGUAAAGAAACGGCGAGAAAAAUAAAGGUGUCAAAAUCUAG